AUGGCAGCCGCUUCUGUUGAAGAUAUAAAACUGGAAGAUAUCCCAGUUGAUGACAUCGAUUUUUCGGACCUGGAAAAUCAGUUCCAGGUGGACUCUGAGGUGAACUUUGAAAACUUCGUGGUAGUAGAUGGAGCCCCCGUAGCUCCCGAGGCCAAGGUGCCAAUGUUGUCCAAAGUGUUGGGAAAGCUUUUCUCGCAAGCGGGCAAAGUCGUGGACAUCAACCUGCCUAUUGACGAGGACAAAAAGUGUACCAAGGGCUACCUAUUUGUCGAGUUCGAAUCCGCGGCGUCUGCCAAGAAAGCUAUCAGGCUACUUAACGGCAAGAAGCUGGAUGUCAAGCACAGACUGCUAGUCAACAGUCUGAACGACGUGGAAAAGUACGGGUCCGACGACUUCGAAAGCGAGUUCCGCGAGCCUAAGUUGCCCGAAUUCCAGCCCACAGACUACCUGAAGUCCUGGUUGCAAGACGAGCAGGGAAGAGACCAGUUUGUUCUGCAGAAGGGAGAGCUGACCGGUGUCUUCUGGAACCGUAACACGCAGCAACCCGACAACGCGGUCGAGCCCAGAACCAACUGGUCCAACACCACGGUGAAGUUCUCGCCAAGAGGUACUUAUUUGUUCUCCUUUCAUAACCAGGGUGUCGCCUCUUGGGGUGGUAAGAGCUUUGAGCGUUUGAGACGUUACUUCCAUCCUAACACCAAGGCGCUUGCGGUGUCUCCUACUGAGAAGUAUUUGGUCACCCUUUCCCCAGACCCUAUCUCAGUUCCUGAAGACGCGCCUGCAGACUUCCCAUUUGGACCCGAGUCUAAUGGUCACCAACUAUGUGUCUGGGAUAUAGCCACGGGUGUGUCGGUAAAGACUUUUGCUUUACCUCCAAACCAGAGCCUCCAUUGGCCUAUGAUCAAAUGGUCUUUCGACGACAGAUACUGUGCACGUCUAGGUCCUAACGCUUUGGCGGUCUACGACGCCGAAAACAAUUUCGAACUGCUAGGAGGUAAGAUUUUGAAGAUUGAAAACAUCAUGGAUUUCUCCUUCGCCCCAGCUGGAGUCAAAUUAGCUGUCAACAGAAACAACGACCUGUCUUCUGUUCUUGCAUACUGGACACCAGAAUCCAAUAACCAAUCUUGUAAAGCCACUAUUAUGGAGAUCCCAACCAGAAGGGUCUUGAGAACUGUUAAUUUGGUCCAAGUUUCCGACGUGACUCUCCACUGGCAAAAGCAGGCCGAAUAUCUCUGUGUUAAGGUCGAUCGUCAUUCCAAGUCCAAGAAAACCUUUUUCACCAACUUGGAAAUUUGUAAACUUACCGAAAAGGAUGUUCCAGUUGAUAAAGUUGAAAUGAAGGACCUCGCAAUCAAAUUUGCCUGGGAACCAACUGGUCAAAGAUUUGUCACCAUCUCAAGAACUGAGUCGGUAGACGAUAACCCAGCCAUCCCUAAGAACGUUGUAACUUUUUUCGCACCAGAACAAAAGGAAAAGGCAGCCAAGGACGAUAUUAAAAAGUGGAAGGCCUUUGCAACUGUCACGGAUAAGUUCUCCAACACCAUAUCCUGGUCCCCUGCUGGUAGAUUUGUUGUGGUUGCCACUUUGGUAACCCCAGACCAGCGUAAGGCCGAUUUUGACUUUUACGACUUGGAUUUCACCGGCGAAAAGACUGACAACACCAGCACCGAUGUCGCUGCGAAGCUGAAGGCCGUAGCUCAUCCUGACUUCUAUGGUGCUACAGACUUGCGGUGGGACCCAUCUGGUAGAUUCGUUGCUAUCUGGUCGUCCGCAGUUAAGCACAAGCUUGAAAAUGGUUACAAAGUUUUCACUGUUGCGGGUCAAGUGGUUAGAGAGGAGAUGAUCGAAGCUUUCAAGAAUUUCGUUUGGAGACCAAGGCCUGAAUCGCUUUUGACCAAUGGAGAAAAGAAGAAGGUGAGAAAGAACCUGAAGGAGUGGUCCGCCCAAUUCGAAGAGUUGGAUGCCAUGCAAGCUGACAGUGCCAUGAGAGAGUUGAUUCUGCUACGUCGCUCCCUAUUCGAAGAAUGGAACAACUACAGAGACGAAAUCACCGACUCCAUGCAACAUGAAUAUGGUUACCAAAUCUUCGACCAGAUUGAAUUCUCCACAGCAGACGAAGACUUCGAAGUUGUGGAGGAAAUCAAGGAGGAAAUUUUGGAAGAGAAAGAGGAGCAAAUCGACAGCUUCGACGAACCAGCAACAUCCGAGUAG